UCAAUUACACUUGUUGUAAACCUAAGUCUCCAUUCAACAAUGGCCACUACUUACCGAUCUCUAUUCUAUUCCUACGGCACCACGUUUUUUUUAUCUCACAUUUUAAAAAAACCCAAACCUACCCACUUUCGUCCCCUCACCGUUGGUAUCUCAUACUCCACCUUACCACCUUCCACCACCGGUGAGGCUUUCAACUCUUGUUUCUCCUCAACUGAACCUCGAAAAGGCUCCGAUAUUCUCGUUGAAGCACUUGAGCGUCAAGGCAUAACCACCGUCUUCGCUUACCCUGGCGGUGCUUCCGCAGAGAUCCACCAAGCUCUAACCCGCUCCAAAACAAUUCGAAACAUACUUCCCCGCCACGAACAAGGUGGAAUAUUCGCGGCUGAGGGUUACGCUCGCUCCUCCAGUAUCCCUGGUGUUUGCAUAGCCACCUCCGGUCCGGGUGCUACUAACUUAAUCAGUGGCCUCGCCGACGCUAUGAUGGAUAGUGUCCCACUCAUCGCUAUCACUGGUCAAGUUCGACGGAGCUUGAUGGGUACAAAUGCAUUUCAAGAAACCCCAGUUAUUGAAGUUACGAGACCAAUCACAAAGCAGAACUACCUCAUCUCUAACGUUGAUGAUAUUCCUAGGGUUGUGGAAGAAGCUUUCAUUAUGGCCACUUCAGGUAGGCCUGGCCCGGUUCUCAUUGAUAUGCCUAAAGACGUUCAACAAGAACUGGCGGUUCCUAAUUGGGUUAAACCCACUAAGCUAACUGGAUAUCUCUCCAGAUUACACCAGCAAAGACCAAGUGAGGCUCAACUAGAACAGGUUGUGAGAUUAUUAGUAGGAUCUAAAAAACCAGUUUUGUAUGUUGGGGGUGGUUGUUUAAAUUCUAGUGAUGAAUUAAUCCGGUUUGUUGAACUAACCGGUAUUCCUGUUGCGAGUACUUUAAUGGGACUUGGUUGUUACCCUAUUGGAGGUGAAUAUUCUCUUUCAAUGUUGGGUUUGCAUGGUACGGUUUAUGCUAAUUAUGCUGUUGAUAAUAGUGAUUUGUUGCUUGCUUUUGGGGUUAGGUUUGAUGAUAGAGUUACUGGAAAGUUAGAAACUUUUGCUAGUAGGGCUAAGAUUGUUCAUAUAGAUAUUGAUUCAGCUGAGAUUGGGAAGAAUAAGAUUCCACAUGUUUCGAUUUGUGCUGAUAUGAAGGUGGCGUUGGAAGGUCUUAAUAGAGUUUUGGAGAGUAAAGGAAUCAAGGGGAAACUUGAUUUUGAGGCAUGGAGACAGGAGUUGAAUGUGCAGAAGCUGAAAUUUCCUCUUGCUUUUAAGAGAUUUGAGAAUGCCAUUUCGCCUCAAUAUGCAAUUAAGAUGCUUGAAGAGUUAACUAAUGGUGAUGCUAUUGUUACUACUGGUGUUGGACAACAUCAAAUGUGGGCUGCUCAAUUCUACAAAUACAAGAGACCUAGGCAGUGGUUAACUUCUGGUGGACUUGGUGCAAUGGGUUUCGGAUUACCUGCUGCAAUUGGUGCCGCAAUUGCUAACCCUAAUGCCAUCGUUGUUGACAUUGACGGAGAUGGUAGUUUUUUGAUGAAUGUUCAAGAGUUAGCUACUAUAAGAGCGGAAAAUAUUCCGGUGAAGAUAAUGUUGUUGAAUAAUCAACAUUUGGGAAUGGUUGUUCAACGGGAAGAUAGAUUCUACCGGUCAAAUAGAGGUCAUACUUAUCUUGGAGACCCUUCUAGGAAAGAGGAGAUUUUUCCGAACCUGCUUGGAUUUGCAAAUGCUUGUGGAAUACCUGCGGCUCGUGUGACAAAAGAGGAAGAGCUUAGAGAAGCUAUUAAGAAGAUGUUGGACACCCCUGGACCUUAUCUUCUUGAUGUCAUUGUACCUCAUCAAGAGCACGUCUUUGCCAAUGAUUCAAGGAUGUGAUGAUUGAUAGAGAUUCGAGUAUGGUGAUAGGGUAAAAGGGAGUAUUAUGCAAUAAAGAUAAUGGUGAGAAUACGUGAUAACGAAAGAGUUGGCUAGCAUGUUAAA